AUGUCCAAUAACAAACUACUGGAUGAUGCAAAUCGGCUAUGGAAAAUGUUGGAUGAAAUGUCUGAGAAUGAUCCGGUUUGUUAUCGUAAAUUUAUCAAUCGACAAAUGGAGUCUUUCCGUAAAACUACAUCUCCACCUAUCAUAAGAUUUGUUGUUAAAAUUACUCAAAAGUUGAACAAACAACCUUUAUUAGUCAAUUUUUGUGAAUGGUCGAUUAUUCCAGAACCUGAAUCAUCAGAUAUUCCGAUUUCUGUGAAAUGUGGUGACAUGUUUACGAUAAACAAAGUGAAUGCUAUCACAUUAGCUUUCAAUCCGAAAGUAUUUACUGAGCAUAAUUUCAAUGAAUCAUUGAAAAAUGAUCAAAUACAUAAUGAAGAAAUAAUUUAUUCUCAAUCUAUGCAUGAUGAUAAUCGUUAUCAACUUGUUUGGCUUGGAUUGAAUUAUUUAGAAAAGGAAAAAUCUUUACCAACAAUUGAAUCAGUUAGUGUGGAAUAUUCCAAUAAUCCUAUACGUCCAAAACUAUUGAAACCAUCUGAUAAAUAUGGAAGUGAACAACAAGUGUUUAAAUCAAUUGGUUUUUUAAUUAAUCCAAUUAAAACAAAUAUGAAAAUUAAUCAUGAAUUUGAUUGGAUAAAAAAUUUAACGCCAGAAACUUUAAUGGAAUUAAAGAAUUCUAGAUCAAUUGUGAAUGAUGAUGAUGAUGAUGAUGAUGAUGCUAUUAACGAUCAUGAUGUUGAUUUAUGUUCUAGUUCAACAAAAUCACUUAAACUUUCCACAGAACGAUCAAACUAUGAUCAAAAAUCAUCAUUUAGUUCAAAGCAGAAGGUUCUGAUUGAAGAGAUAAAUGAAAUAUCAGUAGAUUCACAUGACAUAACAUUAGGAAACAUGAAUUCAAUUUCAUGGUCCGCCAAAGUAAUUAAUUCUAAUUUAACUAAACAAUCAAAUAAGGUGAAUCAAUUGAAAUUAACUUUUGCAUUACCCGGUAUAAAGUCUGGCAAACAGUGCAACGUCGAUUUAACAAUAAGAUUCAUUCAAAUACCCUUCUGUUUGUUACAUGGGCUCUGAAAAUGAAAAUGUUAAGAUAUGUAACAAUGAAUCAAUUAUUAAUUACUCAGUAUGGAGUUAUGGAGAUUGUCAAGGCUUUAAUUGAAACCAUAAAUCGAUCAAUGUUAACACACCAUCGAAAACCUAGAAGCACUGGAUAGGCAUUUCGCUCGAUUGCGGGAUUCCUCGUCAGCACUCAUCCACGAUACCUCACGCGGGACUCAAAACCAGGGCACUCUAGACCACUGAGCCAGCACUCAGCAGUGAUAAUAUCCAACUUCAACCAAUCCACGAUAUUGCGAAUGAUCUUUUAUUGUCUUCGGUGGGUAAAUGCCUUACACCUGACACGUUUAUUACUCAUCUUAAAAUACUAAUGUGAUUAAAUCCAAUUCGAAGCCAGAAAACUAAAAAACUAAAUGUUCAUGUUUUUCUUAAUCAGUAGGCUAUUUUCAUUCAAGUACGGUUCUAUGAAAAGAAUUAUUUGCUUAGUGAUGCUUCAUUCUUAACAAAGUAUGUGGCUGAACUAUACAAAAAGAAAAUAAGAAAGAUUGUUGUUCAAUCUCCCAUUGACUCAUUUAUUCUAAGCUACUUUUCAGUGUGUCAACC